ACUCAGACCACUCCCAGACAGUCCUAGCAAAAUUCUUGUUUGAGAAAUUGCUCAUGCUAUGAAGAUAUUUCUGUUUCUUUUUGACCAUUUUAUUUUCAAACAAUCACAGUAGGGUACUUAAUUGAUACCCAGAAAUGAUUUGAUAUUGAUAUUUUUAAAAAAUGACUGCAUUGGACCUUUAAACAAGGCGGCAUUGAUCAGACUACCCACGCUGUGCGGCGCGCGCUAGUGUCUGUUCACUUUUGAUGAAGGGGGACACGUUGAAGUAGCUAUAGGCUUCCAUAGAAAUGAUAUUUUUGUGACUGAUAAUCCAUUUCCUAACCUGUCGUAAUUCGUUAAAUAAGAGGACAAAGACAGACAAUGCUGCGAGUAUAACUGCCGAUGAUAAGAUCUCACCAGCCGAAUGCACUGAGGAGGACUUAGAGCAGGAUUGAGUGAGGAGGAACUCUCAGUUCUGUACUCAGGAUUAUUGGGUGUGGUUUAGGGCAGAGCUGACUUAGCCAAUCAAACCUGAGGAAGUUCCCCUGACAGCCUGCUGUCCUGUUAGUUCUGCUUGCACCUACAGUAUUCCACUGGGCCCUCCAGCCGCUCCCUGGUCUCUGAUGGAGGGCAGCCCAGAGAAGCAGAAGCCCAGCCCGCGACACCGGCCCAAACCCAGGGGCCCCUCCACACUGACUCUGGGCCAGUCCCGCAGCACAGAGGACCUAUCUGAGGGCCUCCCCAGGGCCAACUUUAGGAAGGGCUUCUCCCUACGUAACGUCAGCCUGUGUGUGGUGGACGGGGUCCGGGACAUGCUCCAGAGGAGCCGAGGAGCCUCUCCAGAACCCCGCUGCAGGCUCAACGGGGAUACGGGAGGGUGUUGGAGUCCCCGCCUGCUGCGUAUGCCCCGGGGAUCCCGCUGUGCUGCCCUGAGGCCCCUGCCAGCUGAGGUGCAGAGGGAAGGAGCCCUGCGUUACAUGGUGGCAGACGACUCGCACAGCAUGGGCAGCAAUGCUCAGUGGCAGAAGUGUCGUCUGCUGCUGAGGAGGAUGAGAGGAGGGGUCACUGAAGGGGAGGGGGGAUUCCUGCUGGAGUUCUAUGUGCCACCCAAGUCAUCCAAGCCCAAAUUGAGUGUUCCUCUGACAGCCGUCAUGGAGGUGCGGACCACCAUGCCACUGGAGAUGCCAGACAGGGACAACACCUUUGUCCUCAAGGUGGAGAAUGGAGGAGAAUACAUCCUGGAGACAUUGGACUCCCUGCAGAAACACUCCUGGGUGGCUGACAUUCAGGACUGCAUAGACCCGGGGGACAGUGGAGAUGACAUUGAGCUGACGUCUUGUCCUCAUGGCCAGUUCCCCUCGGUGUCCACCUGUAACUGUGAGCUCAUGGCUAACAUACCCAAGACCCCUCAGCUCCGUGCUGGUCCUUGUGGCCCCUCAGGGCCCCGCUUUCGGACCCUGUUGGCCUCCCCACUGCACCCCACCCAUGUCCCCCUAGAACGCUUCCUCCAGUCACUGGAGUCCAACAGGCCUGGAGCAGGUGAAGGAACACCCCGCUCUGAGAUGGACACCUCUCUGACCUGCUACCCAUGGUUCCACGGUACACUAUCUCGAGUGAGUGCUGCUCAGCUGGUGUUGGUGGGCGGAGCCCGGAGCCAUGGGCUCUUUGUGAUUCGCCAGAGUGAGACGCGCCCGGGAGAAUACGUCCUCACCUUCAACUUCCAGGGCAAAGCCAAGCACCUGCGUCUGUCUGUGGACUCUCAGGGCCAGUGCCAUGUGCACCACCUGUGGUUCCAGAGCGUGGGGGACAUGCUGCAGCACUUCCACUGCCACCCCAUUCCGUUGGAGUCCCGCGGGGCUGCAGAUGUCACGCUGCGAUGCUACGUCCAGACACAGCGCAGUCGCCCAGAGCUCUGUGUGUCUCGGAUGUCCACCCCUACCAGAGAGCCUGGCUGUCGGAACGGCCUCCACCAAUUGGCACAAUUCUUUCCCGGAGUCUUGCAGCCAGUUGGUGGAUCUGUGGACUCUCCUCUUCCCCCUAGUUCCCCUGCUCUACCCCGCAUCCUGCCUCCCUUCCCCAGACUAGAGGAUGGGGGUGAUGGUGGCUUACAGAGCCGCAGUGGCAGCAUAGAGCAUCUUCUACCGCCCUCUGGUGGCUCAGCUGAUGAACAGCAGGAGACUGAGGGAGCACAAAGAACAAGAGCAGUAGAGAACCAGUACUCUCUCUACUGAGGAACCUUGACGUCAUCUAUGACUCUGACAGCAUCAGGAUCAGAUAUCUGUUUUGUCAAAUGGAUUUUGCAGGUGGUGGAACAGGUUUGGAGAGCCUUUACGCACAAAAGAUAUUGAUGAAUAAAAACAAUAUAGUGGUUUGA